AUGUAGAAUAAUUAUUUUGCAGCCGCUCCAAAAUAUCAAGAAGAUAGCUCAAAUUAAUAAACAAAUACAGAAGAGCAAUAAAUAGGAAAGAAAGCUGUAUUUUAUUACAAGAUGGUAGCAAAAACUCUUGGCUAAUAUCUUUCAAUUUAUGAUGGAAAAACUGAAUAUAAAAUGGGAGUUGUUAUGCACCAACCGGCUAAGCCAGAUCAUCAAGGAGGAUUUUAUGUAUAUGAUUCUCUUGAUUAAGCUAUUUUUGCCGACGUUCCUUUGAAAAAAGAUGGAUUAUAUUUUGCACCAAGAACAGUAAUUAAAUGUGCUUGUUGGGGAGAUAAAAUAGAAUACCCAAAUGGAAAAAUAGCAUUUGAGUACCUUUGUCCUGUUUAAGAUAUGGGCAUGCCGAAAGGUUACUUAGCAACAAAGGCUGCCAUGAAAGAAGCUUAUUAACUUUAUUCAGAAAAAUUAAAAUUAAAAUAAGGAGCUGGCCCUAAAAGUCUUAAAAAACCAACAUGGAAAAACUGA